UCAAAGCGAUGUGGCCCGGACACUUUCAAUUCGUUCUGGAACUUGGCUCUGGAAUCCUGGAUUUCCCCCCGGCGUUGAUCUGACGUCCGGCAGCCUUCCAUAAAAGGCCACCUUCGUUAAGCUCAGGACAACAGCCUGCAGGCGCCCAACAAAAGUUUCUCGUCUCUCUUUAAUAAUUUCGUUCAAGCCCUGCGACACUCUGUGGUUUCCAGGCCUGCGCACAUCUCCGCAUAUUUGCCCCAAGCCAUUCAUUCACUCGACCUAGUCUUUGAUAGGUACCCUCCUCGAGUCCUCAUCGAUCGACAUCCCCGCCAUCUGUGCACCCGCAAGAGACGAGGUGAAACCGUCCCACAACGAAGAACGCUCCUGAUUCUCAUACACGUCAUACCUAUGGGUACCAAGUCUCGUCGCGCCAAAUCGCCGCCCCUUUCUCGAAACGGUUCUGUAGGGCGCGCAUCCGGGAGGAAGAGCAACGGCCGCCCCGCCAGCAUGAAUACCAAUGUCGAGCUCCUGCGGCGCAACAUAUCGCACGAGACCUCAACGUCGGAGGGCGCUGUAGCGAACCUGAUGGCUCACAACUCCUUCUCGCUCGACGACCCCGUGCCCAAGACGCCGACAACCAACAACCAUGGCUUCUUCGAACUGCCCAAGAAAGACCAGAGGAACUUUGGCCUGCUUGUCCUGCUGUACUUCCUCCAGGGCAUCCCGCUGGGUCUGGCGACAGGAUCCGUCCCAUUUCUAUUAAAGAACCACAUGUCGUACGGCGAGAUUGGCAUCUUCAGCUUAGCGUCGUACCCUUAUUCUCUGAAGCUGUUCUGGAGCCCUAUCGUAGAUGCGGUAUGGAGUCCCAAGAUUGGCCGGAGGAAGAGCUGGAUCAUCCCCAUCCAGCUGCUAUCCGGAAUAGGCAUGCUAUGGCUAGGCGCAAGGGUCGAGAAGUGGAUGGAAUUGACCGGCAAGCCUGGCGGACCCACGGUCUGGGCCUUCACCUGGUGGUGGUUCUUCCUGGUGCUCAUGUGCGCCACGCAGGACAUCGCCGUUGACGGCUGGGCGCUGACCCUGCUCACGCCGGGCAACGUCUCGUAUGCCUCGACGGCGCAGACCGUCGGGCUUACCGCCGGCCAGUUCCUCUCCUACACGGUCUUCCUGGCCUUCCACUCCAAGGACUUCGCCAACAAGUGGUUCCGCACCGAGCCGCUCGACCACGGGUUAUUGAGCCUUGGCGGCUACCUCACCUUCGCUGGAUGGGCCUACAUCGCUGUGACCAUAGGGUUGGCCCUGCUCAAGCACGAGGAAAGGACCAGGAAUGAAGACGGGAUCUGGGACGUGUACAAGAUCAUGUGGGGCGUCCUCAAGCUGAAGAACAUCCAGGCGAUUAUCCUGGUUCACCUCAUCGCCAAGAUCGGCUUCCAAGCCAACGACGGCGUCACCGGCCUGAAACUUCUUGACAAGGGCUUCGGCACCGACAACAUGGCGCUCACCGUCCUGAUCGACUUCCCCUUCGAGAUCGGCCUAGGCUACUACGCGGGCAAAUGGUCACAGGAAUACACGCCGAUGCGCCUCUGGUGCUGGGGCUUCAUGGGCCGCCUGGCGGCCGCCAUCCUCGCGCAGUUCACUGUCUACAUCUUCCCGGCGGGCGGAGUGACGAGCUGGUACCUCCUGACCGUGAUCGCGCAGCACGUCUUCUCGACCUUCACCAACACCAUCAUGUUCGUCGCCGUGGCCGCCUUCCACGCGCGCAUCGCCGACCCGGUCAUCGGCGGCACCUACAUGACCCUGCUCGCGACGGUGUGCAAUCUGGGCGGCACCUUUCCGCGCUUCUUCGUCCUGCGCAUGGUCGACUACUUCACCAGCGCUACGUGCAUCCCGCCGACCCAUCCCAAUCCGGACGCUACUAAGCCCGCGGUGCCCGCGGUGACGGCGCCCUUCAGCUGCGCCGUCCAGGCGGACAAGGAACGCUGCUUAGCGGGCGGCGGUGUCUGCGAGAUGCAGCGCGACGGCUACUACAUCGUCAACGUCCUCUGCGUGCUGAUCGGUGUCGUGACCUUUGCGCUGUUCAUUCGACCCAGGGUGCUGCAACUUCAAGCGUUGCCGCUCCGGGCUUGGCGGUUAUCUUCCUCCCCUUCGUCGUCCAAAUAUUGACGGGCUUUUUAUUUCUUGCUAGGGUGUUAUGGGGAUGGUCGAAGGGGCUCGGAAUGUUACGUAGCACAUAUUCGCAUGAUAGUACAUAGCCAGAGGAACAAGAUUCACUCGCAUACCAUGUGCACUCGGGGUGUAGACAUCGAGUAUGGUAAAACUGUGAGAUAUGACUAAGAUAAGGUAGGUAGGUGUGCGAUAGAGGAGGGUGUCACUUCCAUGGAUAUGCAAGGGACGGGCUGUGGCCUUGUGCUCUGCCAGGUGGCGGCUUUGAAUUUGAGCCAGCUUACAAGACAAAUCACAUCACGAG